CAUGAAGCUCUCUAUGCACUCAUGUUGUGCUAAUCUGAAGGUCACACGAAGUUUGGAGGUCUUUAGCUAUUGACUCUGCAGACAUUUGGCGACUUCUGUGCACUAUGCAUAUCAGCUUCGUGGCUGUUGUUCCCAGUUGCUUCCACUUUGUUAUAAUACCACUAACAGUUGACCGUGGAAUAUUUAGUAGCCAGGAAAUGUCACGGAUGGACUUAUUGCACAGGUGGCUACCUAUCAUGGUAUCACGCUUGAAUUCACUCUACUCCUGAGAGCGACCCAUUCUUUCACAAAUGUUUGUAGAAGCAGUCUGCAUGUCUAGGGGCUUGAUUUUAUACACCUGUGUCCAUGGAGGUGAUUGGAAUACUGGAAUCCAAUGAUUUGGAGGG